AAUGUUCAUUCAUGAGCAUCGCAUUGAAAGGCACUAAUUGACUGCCAUUUUGGCGUUUUGUUUAUGUCGUGAGACUUGAAUUCAAUUGUCAAAUAAUUGAUCAAUUACCACCAGGCGCGAACUGGAAAAACCAGAAAAGGAUACAUUUAUUUACCAAGCUACCUGAGAAACAAAUUACAUCUUCAGCUACAAACAAGCAAUUGCUAUGCCCAAGUGGAGUGAUAUUCGCGCCUUACAAUUCCUUGAUAUUUAUGAGAAACAUGAAUGUUUAUGGAACCCCAGGAUCGAGGAAUAUAAAAACAAAUCAGCAAGGAAUGCCGCCUUUGAUGCUAUGUUAGCAGAACUCCAAAUUCCCGAUUUGACAGCGAAUGAUAUAAAACUGAAAAUCAAGAGCAUCCGAACAACGUACAAACGAGAAUUAUCUACUGUACUGAAAGCUGAAGCGAACAGGACAAAAGAUGGACCAGUGUACAAACCAAAGCUAUUUUGGUUCCACAGAGCAGAUAGUUUUUUGAGGCCUGUCUCAACAAGUCGAUUCUCUUGUUGUCCAUCAGUUCAAAACAAAAACGAGAGCUAUGAUAACAGCGGCGAACAAUAUUCAAUCACAGAGACAAAGUAUAGCAUCAGCGAGAACCAGGCUGCACUACGUCAUAAAUACAAACAGGAGACACUUCAAGAAAUGACCAUGGCGCUGGGUGAUACCGACACCGAAGAAAUUAGUAGUGCACAAGAUGAACAAAAUACACAAAGUAUGCAUGAAGACACUAGCGGUCAACAACAGCAUCACCAUGAACAACAACAACAAAGCAUACCACUGGGUGAAACCAUUCGAGAGGAAACCAUAACAAUUGCUCCAUAUCGACCCAACGACGCGUACGAAACAUCAGGAACCAUCCAAGAGAGUGAAAAUAUAACAACAGUCACUCGGACUUCCCACGAGGAUGACGAGUAUGCGUUGUUCUGCCGAAGUGUCGAAGCGCAAUUACGGUCAAUUCCUGAUUCAUAUUCAAGGUCCUUAGCCAAGUUCAAAAUACAACAAGUGUUAUUCGAAGCCGAGACGGGUCACUACCGUAAAACGGCAUUUGUAACUAUUCCAAAUCCACAACCGUAGAAAUUGUAAAAACAUCUUUUAUGAUUAAUAACCCUUAGAAAUUAGCGUAAAAAUAGGUUUACUUUCUUGGAAAGUAGAAAAUAUUGUAAUAUAAUGUAAUUCUUUUUCGAAUCGUGGUCAACUAUCUUUUAUGCAAUAUCAACGUCAUUUCUUGGUUUAAUUGUUCAUAGAAGCUUUUAAAGAAAGUUUUUUGUACACAAAGAUUUUAAUUAAAGCAAAUG